AUGCCGCAUCAUCCUCCGUUCCCCGCGACGGCGCACCACCCGGCGGCCUUGACAUCGCACACUUCCCUGGCGCGUCUCGAUCUAGACGGCCACGCCCUCGCGCCUCGGCAAACUGCACCUCCCCUAGGGCAGGCGAGGCCUGAGAAGCGACGAUACGGGCUGUUAACAUUUUACGGAGCUUCAAAACCUCCUAUCAUCAAUACUAACAAGUUUACACUAUCAGAAUUCUUUUUUGACAUAGGGUUGAAAUGUGUUAAAUUAGCUACCAAUUCCUGAUUUCAAAAUUCUCUGCAUGAUUAUCUAUCUUUUCAGACUUAUCAACAAUUGUUAUUGUUAAUUAGCAUUGUAAUAAUCAACAUUUAAAUAAAAGGCUCUUACAACUUGCAAGAAUAGACACUGAAAGAAAAAAUAACA